AUGCCAAAGGUCUAUUGUGUCAGGCAUGGGCCAACAGAAUGGAGCCUAAAUGGCCGCCAUACCGGUACUACUGAACUACCACUUACUCCAGGAGGAGAAUUGAUAGUCUCUAAUUCAUCCCCCAGACUCGUCGGUCCUGGCAAAAUUUUGGACCCUGCAACGAUUUCCAUUGCGUUUGUCUCACCACGGUUACGAGCGCAGCGCACGUUUGAACUCUUGUUUCCAUCUCAGGAUUCCCGACCGAAUACUGAGGUCAAGGAAGAUAUUCGUGAAUGGACUUAUGGGGAUUACGAAGGACUCUGGAAACACCAAGUUGUGGAGAUCCGUAAGGAAAAAGGUCUCGACAGUGGAAAAGACGGCUGGGACAUUUGGGUGGACGGAUGUGAGGGAGGCGAAAGUCCCGAAGAGCUCGUAAUCAGAGCCGAUCGAGUGGUGGACCAGAUCAAGUCUCUCCAUCGGGCAUGGAUGGAAGACCCGUGUCGAAAAGAAGACGAUGUGGGGGGUGAUGUUUUGCUGGUCACACAUGGACACUUCUCACGAUGUUUCGUUGCGCGAUGGCUUGGCUUGCCUUUGCCUAUGGGUGGUCUUUUUGUUGUCGACACUGGCUCGGUGACUGUUGGUCAAUACUAUCAUGGGCUUGACAGAACAGUGUUGGGUGGACUCAACAUCAGUGGGCAUGACGCUUAG